AUGUCACAGCCACCAAACCCAACCAAUGGUGGUGUCAACAAAGUGAACUCUGAUAACAAUAGAAAACAACAUCAUCAUAAUAAUAACAAUAAACAUCACAACAACAACAACAAUAAUAAUAAUAAUAAUAAUAACAACAACAAUAAGAAUAACAAUAAACAAAAUAAUAAUCACAGUAAUACGAAUAACAACAAUAAUAAUAAUAAGAAACAACAAUAUCAAGCAAAGAAGAAAUCAGCUGAUAACCAUUCAAACAACAACAACAACAACAACAGCAUUAAUAAUAUUAAUAAUGAUAAUAAUGGUAAGGUUGUAGUAUCCGAUCAAACUUCUUCGACUGGAAUUGAAAAUGGUAUACAUGAAAAUAAUAAAAUAGAACAAUUACAACAGCAACAGCAGCAGCAGCAGCAGCAACAACAACAACAGCUAAAUGAUAACAGUAGUAGUAUUGGUAAUGGAAAUGUAUAUCAAGGAAUGUUAAGUCCACAGCAGCAGUUGGAGUUCGAAUUGAUAGGCUUACAGCAACAGCAAUUGAGUAGACAGCUUCAACAACCUACAUCAUCGCUAUUCCAAUUCCCUAUGUUCUUGCCACCACCUCUGAUGUCACCUACCUCCCAACCACAACAGCCACAUAUACCAACAUCACCACCUAUCAUGAAUAAUAAUAAUAAUAUUAACAAUAUGAACAUGAUUAAUAAUAAUAAUAACCAUAACAAUAGUGGUACCACACCUAAUAUAAUGGAUUUCUUCCAGAAACCAUCUAAUAUAAAUACCACUGGUACUGGUGGUGUUGGUGGUGUUGGAUUCCUUCAACAACAACAACAACAACAACAACCAAUUAAUAAUAAUAAUAAUAAUAUAUGGCAACAACAGCAACAACAUCAACCAUAUCCUCCACAUAUGAAUAUGUCUGGUAUGCCACCGCGUAUGAUGCCAAACAUGUCGAAUUUCGGAAUGCCAUCGUUCCCACCUAUGAUGGCGCAUCAUCCUGGACAAUUCCCACCACUGUUCAACCAUCCAGGACAAUUCCCACCAUUCGGUAUGCAACCAAUGCCCUUUAAUCAUAUGGCAUCUUCACCACACAAUAUAGGCGGUGGUAGUGGUGGUAUGCAACAUUUACAACAGCAACAACUACCACACUCAAACUCACCUCUCAAUAUACCAGCUCCGACAAUGACAACAGCAGAUUACUUCCUAACACCAUCGAAUCAAUCACCGAUUAGCAGUCUACUAGCAGUGGAUAACAAUAGAAAUCAUAUGCUAUUGGAUCAUAUGAACAAUGCUAGUGCUGCGGUUGGCGUUACCACCGGUGGUAGACUACCGAUCAAUGAAUUGAAUGAGUUGCAAAUCAGUGAGAUGGCCAGUCAGUUUGGUUCGCCCAUGAAGGUAAUGAUAGAUCCACUUGCAAAGCUUGAAUCGGAAGCACAAGCCGAAGAGGUUGCCGCUGCCGAAGCAGAGGGUGAAGAGGACGAGGUCAACGAGAAACAAAAGAAGAAACUAGAGAAAUACACAAAGACUAGACCACUUAUGCCUCCACCUUCUGCUGAUCACCUAAAAGAACUAACCGAACAUGCCUAUGACAUCUAUGAGAAAUCGAAAUGUGAAGAGAAUAGAGGUCGUACUUUAUUAACUAAAUUACAAAACAUGGUAUCAAAGACAUUUACAAAGUCACAAGUUAAAUUACAUUUAUUUGGUUCAUCAGCAAAUGGAAUGUCACUGAAAGGUGGUGAUAUUGAUAUAUGUAUGCUUGUAGAUAGCUCUGAGGGUGACUCCGAUACAAUCAUUAGCAAGCUUGCUACAAUGUUGAAACAAAAUAACUUAACAAAGGUGUUGGCAAUUCCAAGUGCAAGAGUACCGAUCGUAAAGUUUAGAGAUCCAAUUCAAAAUCUAGCAUGCGAUAUAUGUAUCAACAAUAAACUGGCGAUAUACAAUACCAAAUUGGUUUCAGACUACUCUGCUAUCGAUGAGAGAAUGCGUCCGCUCGUCUAUGUGGUAAAGCGUUGGGCCAAACGAAGAAAGAUCAAUGAACCAUUCACCGGCACACUCAGUAGCUAUGCCUAUAUCAAUCUGACGUACUCGCGGGUCUUCAACUACGCCACCGAAGUCAUUAGCAUCCGCACGGGAACACAUCUCGAGAAGAGCAGCAAACAAUGGGAGUCGAUCCAAAAGAAGAGUCACUACUGCUUCUCCAUCGAGGAUCCAUUCGAAAUCACUCACAAUCUUGCCAGAGUCGUCAAACGAAGUCAACUUUCAACCAUCAUACAAGAGUUUAAUAGAGCAUAUAAAAUUCUUUCGAGAACAGGAAAUCUUCAUAUAGUUUGUAGAGAAUAUAUACCUGAAGAGUCUUCAUCAACAUCAAACAACAACAACAACAACAACAACAACAACACACCUCAAAAAACGAAAUCAUAG